AUGCCUACCAUUGCUGUUGACAAGCAGGAUUUGUUCGACCUCUUAGGUCGCUCCUACACCACCGAAGAGUUUGACGAACUUUGUUUCGAAUUCGGUAUCGAAUUAGAUGAAGACACCACAGAAGAUUGUCAACCUGGUGAAAGACCUGAAUUAAAAAUUGAAAUUGGCGCCAACCGUUACGAUAUGUUGUGUAUAGAAGGUAUUGCCCAAUCAUUGAACGAGUUCUUAGGUAAUGCCAAAACCCCAGUGUACAAGACUUUAGAACCAAAAUACACUUUGACCAUCAAGGAAUCCACAAGUGAAGUCAGACCUUAUGCCGCGGGUGCAAUUUUAAGGAACGUUUCAUUCAACCAAAGAAGUUACAACUCUUUCAUCGCCUUGCAGGAUAAGCUUCACACUAACUUAUGUAGACACAGAACUUUGGUUGCCAUGGGUACCCACGAUUUGGAUAAGAUGGCUCCACCUUUUACUUACGAUGCCAGAGAUCCAAAAUCUUUUUCUUUCACCCCAUUGAAUCAAACCAAGAAAAUGACUGGUCUUGAACAAAUGGAUUUCUAUGAAAAGGACAAGAAUUUGGGUAAGUAUUUACACAUCAUCAAAGAUAAACCAGUUUUCCCAUUAAUCUUGGACUCCAAUGACAAUGUGGGAUCAAUGCCUCCAAUCAUUAACUCUGAUCUCACCAAGAUUAGUUUGGAUACCAAGAAUGUUUUCAUUGAUGUUACUGGUACCGAUAGAACCAAGGUUGAGAUUGUUGUUAAUACCUUGGUUUGUAUGUUCUCCAGAUAUUGUGACAAGCCAUUUGAAAUUGAACCUAUUAAGGUCAUUUCCGAACACAAUGGCGAAUCCAGAAUCACUCCAAACUUGGAAUCCAAGAAGUUUGUUGUCAAACAGGAAUAUAUCAAUUCUUGUCUCGGGUUAGAAUUAAGUGUUGAAGAAAUUUCCAAACUUUUGAGCAAGAUGUCCUUGCACGUUGUUGAUCAUUCGGAAGGCAACUUGACCGUUCUUGUUCCACCUACCAGAACUGAUAUUUUGCACGCUUGUGAUGUUAUGGAAGAUGCUGCUAUUGCAUAUGGUUACAACAACUUGACCAAGACAAAGGUCCAAUCUUCUGCUUUGGUUGCUAAACCAUUGCCAAUCAACAAGGUUAGUGAUAUUUUAAGAUUGGCCUCCUCCCAAUCAGGAUGGUUAGAAGUUAUGCCAUUGACUUUGUGCUCCCAUGAUGAAAACUUCAAAUUCUUGAAUAAAGUUGACAAUAAUGAUAUUGUGGUCAAGUUGGAAAACCCAAAGACUGCAGAAUAUCAAGUCGUUAGAACCUCUUUGUUGCCAGGUUUGUUGAAGACCGUUAGAGAAAACCAAAAGCAUUCUUUGCCAAUUAAGGUCUUUGAAGCUGGUGACAUUGUUUUGAAAGAUGAUAAAUUGGAAAGAAAGGCCUUCAAUCAAAAGAACUGGGCUGCUAUUUAUGCAGGUAAGGCCUCUGGUUUCGAAUUUAUUCAAGGUUUGUUGGCUAAGAUUAUGCAAACUUUCAGAACUCCAUGGAUUGAAGAUGGUGCUCAAUUGAAGGCUCCAUUAAAGAGAGGCUACUGGAUUGAAGAAAAUGCCGUGUCAAAAACUUACUUCCCAGGAAGAGGUGCUGAUAUUUUCUUCAGAGCUAAGGAUGGUGAAAAGGCCGUAAAGAUUGGUGAAAUUGGUGUCUUGCACCCAAGUGUUUGUAACAGCUUUGAAAUCCCAUAUGCUGCUUCUAGUGUUGAAAUUAACGCUGAAUUUUUCUUGUGA